AUGGCAGCAUACGCAGAUAAUCGCUUAUGUUCCAAGUCUGGGACGUUUCUGCGUUUGGGCUUUUCCUUGGCUGGAAUUUACUGGCUUUGCAACCUCUUCUUGUGCUAUCCGAAUAUCACCGGACUAGGGACGCACCACACGCCUCCAAAAAUCGGCAAAGUGACAAUGAUAUACGGCAACAACACGAUCUACGAGCGGGCUGUGAAUACGCACAAAGUACAUAGUCAUCGCUUUGGAUACCCUCAUUUUAUCCUGCGAAGACCCAUUCUCGAUGGUUUCUGGAAUAAAUACGCCAUUCUACUCUCCGUACUACUACAAGAAUUAGAGAAGCCGCCGGAGCGACGACUACAAUGGCUAUUCUGGACCGAUGCGGACACAGUACUCAUGAACCCCAAUCUACCGCUAGAGACAUUCUUACCGCCGCCCGAGGCCUCAGAUGUCCACAUGCUACUCACAAAAGACUGGAAUGGCAUGAACAACGGCGUGUUUCCGAUCCGCGUGCAUCCCUGGUCCGUUGAACUGCUGUCUGCCGCAAUCGCGUAUCCAAUCGUGAACCCAGACGUCGAGCUCUUUUGGCAAGACCAGUCCGCCUUGAGCAACAUACUAGAAACAAAUCAUUACUUCUCUAGGUCGGUCGUGUACUGCCCACUGCGUUGGUUCAAUGCGUAUAUGGGGCUGCCCGAUGGAAAAGGGCUCAAUCCCAGAUCACCGGAGCAUCUUCAGGUACAUCGAGGGGAUCUUCUUGUGCAUUUUCCGGGGACGCCACGUGCGAGUUUGGAGGACACGCUGGGCCCUUAUCUCGACAUAGCAGAAGCGCAUCGAGGAGACUGGGAAUUGCCACUAGAAGGUACUGGCUAUGUCCAGGAGAUCGAGGCGUUUUGGAAGAGGCAGCAUCAAUCAUCGCUCGGGAAUCAUCGGUCCACUGAAAAACAUUGA